GGUGACGUUGUACAUGGUAAUUCACUUUUAACGGACGCGUGUGGCAUGUAACGGCAGUCGUUGACCAGAAGUUGAAACGGUGUGUGACAGAGAAAAUAAUCCCGCUGAGCGACGUCACGUUGUGUACCAGUGAAGGUGUCCGAUUUCCCACUCAGAGGCACUGCGAUGCCCUCUGACUUUAUAUCCCUUUUCAGCGGGGACCUCGACCUGAAUUCUCCCAGAUCCUUGUACUCCAAAGAAUCAGUGUAUGACCUUCUUCCCAGAGAGCUGCAGUUGCCGUCCUCCACUCAGCAGAACCCAGCAGCCAUGAGUCAGAAGAGCGGUGGAGAGGCAGGGCCUCCCCCCUCAGCUGCUCUUGCAUCAGAUGCCACCACCGUCUCCUCUUCUCUGACCGUGGGAGGCCCCCGCAGUGCUUUUCCCACCUCUUCCAGCUCCACCAUGCAUUCCACUUCUUCAGUCGAUGACCAGAACCCAGCUCACGGCAGCAACGUCGACCCGGAUGACACCAGGAGUAGCAGAGCGGUGCCAGAGGCUGUCGGGGCGGAGGGUGGGAAUGGCAACAGUGGGAGCGCUGGUAGCUGCAGAGCUAGCAGUGACAUGGGAGGAGGAGCUGGAUCUGUCGGAGGUGGAAGAGCAGCAACAUCGCAGGAGGUCCAGCAGCAUCACCAGAUGACCCCCUCUAAGCGCCGCACCGUACUGAACAUCUCCCCGCCGCCAGAGGACCUGUUUGAUGACAGCCGCAUGUCCUGCCAGGAUGAGGCCCCGGCGGACUCAGAGCAGAGCAACAGUAUUUGGUUGGAUGACUCGGUCUCCAACUUCAGUAUCGUCAGUUCCAGCUCCUACAACGACAACACAGAGGUGCCACGAAAAUCCCGCAAACGCACCCCUCGCCAGAGGCCUGGCCCUAAGUCUGUGCCUGCAGAGGAGGCCAGCAUGGACGUGUUUGAUGCAGACAGUGCCAAAGGCCCCCACUUUGUGCUCUCACAGUUAGGCCCUGACAACAAGGCCUGCCCAAAAGGAAGUUCUCCAGAUGGGCCGCAGACAAAUAAUCAGAAAGGAGGAACUCUGUCGGUGCAGUAUCCACAGAAGAGCGAGGGCAAAGAGCUGAAGAUCCUCAUCCAGCCGGAGACCCAGCACCGCGCCCGCUACCUGACCGAAGGCAGCAGAGGGUCGGUGAAGGACCGCGCGCAGCAGGGCUUCCCCACCGUCAAGCUGGAGGGGGUGAAUGAGCAGGUGGUUCUGCAGGUAUUUGUGGGCAACGACGCCGGGCGUGUGAAGCCUCAUGGAUUUUACCAGGCUUGCAGGGUGACAGGCCGCAACACCACAGCCUGCAAAGAGGUGGACAUCGAGGGCACGACCGUUAUUGAGGUCUCCCUAGAUCCCUCCACCAACAUGACGCUAGCGGUGGACUGCGUUGGCAUCCUGAAGCUCCGUAACGCUGAUGUAGAGGCUCGAAUCGGUGUGGCCGGCUCCAAGAAGAAGAGCACCCGCGCCAGGCUGGUGUUUCGAGUCACCAUCCCCCGUCCAGAUGGAUCGCUGCUCACACUGCAGACUCCAUCGUCUCCAAUCCUGUGCACCCAGCCUGCAGGCGUGCCCGAGAUCCUGAAGAAGUCACUCCACACUUGUUCGGUGAGGGGCGGAGAAGAGGUCUUCAUCAUUGGCAAGAACUUUCUCAAAGACACCAAAGUUAUAUUUCAGGAGAAUGUAUCGGAUGAGAAAUCGUGGAAGGCGGAGGCUGAAAUCGACAUGGAGCUGUUUCACCAGAACCAUCUGAUAGUGAAGGUUCCUCCAUACCAGAACCAGGCCAUCACCUCAGCGGUGUGUGUGGGAAUCUAUGUGGUGACGAACGCUGGAAGAUCCCAUGAUGUACAACCUUUUACCUACACUCCAGACUUGGCAAAAGCUGAUAUUUCUGUGAAGACAGAGGCCCCGUCUCCUGGGAAGGCUUGUUCUUAUGAUGAGCGAAUUAAAGUUUUAGAUAAUACCAUGAUGCCUGCGAUGUUGUCUCUAGUAAAGAGAGAAGAAGUCACUCCAAUGGAGGUCUCCAGCAACCUGCAACCUGCUGGAGUAUUCAAGCAGACGGCUGAUGUCAUCUGUCCAGCCCAACAGACCCUGGACUUGACUUCCAGCCGUCUUACUAACAGCAGACCAUUCCCCAACAACCUGCCGCAGCCUGCAGGCGACCCUGACAAAGUCCCGGCUCCGGUCUUUUCCAACGCGGAGCCUCUAAGCACGAUCCAGAAGCAAGACAUUGCUGCCACCGGCUCCUUCCCUGGGCCUGCAGACUCUCUGCUCCCGCAAGGCUCUCGGCAGUUCCUCCUGGAGCCCAGAGAGGGCCUGGUGCAGGAGAGGCCAGGCAGUGGUUCUGGGGCUGUGGGCAGGUUGUGCGGAGAACCUGCCUCCCAGCAGCACCAGCUGCCUCUUUUCCCCCCAGAUGAAGUGGCCCAGUUGGAGGAGGCGGUGCGACAGCUUCAGGCCAAGGGGUUCUGCAACUUGGCCCUACAGUCUGACAACUCAAUUGCCAAGCAACAGCAAUGUCAACAACACAUCCAGCACCAACAGCAGAUCCAAAAACAACAAAUUCAACAACAACAGCAGCAGCAGCAACAAAUUCAACAACAACAAAUUCAACAGCAGCAACAACAGCAGGCUUUGGAGAACCUACAGCAGCAGUUGUUUCAGUCGCAAAUCCCAAUGCAGUGCAGCAUGUUCCAGGGCACUUCCCAAGGAGAGAACGCAGAACAGCAGGGUUCGCCGCAAAGCGUUGUGUCAAACCAGGGGGCCCUCUUCCAGCAGGCCCAGCAGCAGCAGCAGCAGCAACAGCAAAAACAGCAGCAGCAACAAGCGGCUCUGUUUCAGCAGGCUAAUGAACUUCUCUCCAUUCAGACCAACUUCCUCCAGCAGACACCCUCACAUCCUUCCCCACCGCUUUUCCACAAUCCCAACUCUUUGGCUGAGGCACAAGAUCCACAGGGGGCUUUGUUUCAUACUCAGAAAGCCUCUCACACUCAAGAGCAAGUCCAGGCUGCUCUCUUCCAAAACACCCUGACAGUACUGAGCGGAUCGAGUCUCUCCCCGGAGCAGCAGCCCUCAACCCCCACACUUUUCCUCUCCCAGAGCUCCGUGCCAUCUCAGCUCACAGCUGGCAAUACUCAGCAGCAGCAGCAGCAGCAACAGCAGCAGCAGCAGCUGGCCUUCCUCAGCGCACUGCAGACCUCUGCCCCUGAGCCACAGUCAGUGUUUCAGGCCCAGACCCAGCUCUCCCCCAUUCAGCAGCGCACUCCCAUGGAACAGCAGCAGUCCUCCCAAAGUCAGCCCCACACGCAGCCACCACAACAAGCCUCCCUUUUUCAAAACAUCUCACCACAUCCAUCUGCAAACAGCCUUAAUCCAAGCCAGCAGCAACAGCAGCAGGCUAGCCUCCUGUUCCGCAGCAGUCCCAUGUCCAACCAGGAGCAGCCCUCCGGUCUCCUGUUCAGCAGCCAGGCCCAGAUGCCUCCAUUGAGCAGCAGCAGUCUGACCUCUCCAGAGCCCCAGAACCCCUCUCUGCUCUUUUCCCAAGCCGGCGUAGUGACAGUCAGCCAGCAGGAUCGCUCCGAGCCCAUGGCCUUAGGGAACCCCGCGGAGCCUCGUCAGCAAGUUCUGUUUGAGGAGCAGCAGCCCAUGCAGCUGGGCCGCAGCUCAAACAAUGGGCAGGAGCAGCCCGUGGGCCUCUUCAUGCCUCAGUCUAACAUGGCCUCCUUACAGGGAGGAAUGGCUGCACAGGACCUUCCCCAGACAGCCAUCUUUACCACGCAGAACGGGGUGGCAGGCCUCCAGACCACCACCUCUUCCCCUGUGCAGCAGCCAGGGACCCUGUUUCAGACCGCUGUCAGUGGGACCAUCAGUCAGCCCAGCCAGCCACAGCAACCUGGCCUCUUCCUCUUUGGGAUUCCCAACGAGUGUGGGCAGCUGAUAAACACUCCUGGAACCACGCUGUCGGAUCAGAUCAUAGCUAUCAGUCAGUCUGGCCAGAACCAGAGGGAGAGCGACGCUCACAUCCAGUCCCUUCUCAAUCAGUCUUUGUCAGAAAGUGGAAGUCUGCAGAACAGCAUGACUGCCUCUCAGAACAUGGAGAAGAUUGAUGACCUGUUGGUUAGCUUACAGGAGCCCAGCAGCAACUUAACUCGUUCCUACUAACCUUCAAACAGGACCAUUGAAGACUGACAAGGAAAGAGCAGUGAAAGUUGAACUGAACUAAUGUGCUGCUGUCCUUGGUGAGCUAAUCCCUUCUCAAAGAGAAGCCUUCAUGAAGAUACUCCUGAGUGGCAAGGAUGCCAACCGUUAUUUACUGGACAAGCGGAUAUCCAGACAAGGACCUGGGGAUUCGAUUGGGAAAACUCUUUUUGUGUGUGUGUUUGUCAGUACCUGUAAUAAUAUAUGUGUUGUCCCCCAGCAGCUGUCGGUGUGACCAUCAUAAUGAAGAACGUCACCUCGAGCUGUGAAUGAAACAUCUCUAUAUCAUAUAUUUAGCCAUCUCCACAGUGCACAAGUAGCACUUUGCAACAUGGUUUUAGCAAAGAUGUCAGUACAAAGCAGCAUAUCAUUCUGUAUUCUCCAAAACCAGACUGUGUUAGUUUGCUAUUGCUUUGAACACAUUCUCCUUUUAUACCUUACGAAGAGUUGACUAUUUUAGGAACGUUAGAUGGUAGAAAUAUAAACUAUACUGGCAAAGAAUAUAUUUUUUACAUUUUUCCAUUCAGCACUUUACAAUGCUCUUCUUUGUGACCAGUUACUCAUAAAAGGGUACAGUCCCACCAGUGGUGUUGUUUAUUUAACAGUUGCCUGUUCCUCAUUGUUUACAGUGGAAAAAGUCGCAUUUUUUUAACACAUUAUGAAACAUAAGGAGCUAGGAGGUGCACAGCACACGGAUCAGAAACUGUUUUUCACUAAUUUCUGGUCGCAUAGCAACACUCAGCUAGUGAUGCAAAGGGUCACAAAAAUGUCUACUGGAUUCAUUCACUUUAAAGGAAUGCUCAUUUUCAGCAAAAUAUCCCUUUUCCAACUUAUCCAACUUAUUUUCACCUUUGUACAGCCAGUGGCUCACUUUCAGUGGGUAGCAUUUCAUGUUAGCUUAGCAUAAAGACUUGAAGUCUAUAGGAGUCAUUAGCCUAGCUCCGUUACAGUGAAAAAUUAUACUUUAGCUUUCUUAUUUAGACAAUGCAAUGUUAUUUUUUCACUGUAACGGAGCUAGGCUAAUGACUCCUAUAGACUUCAAGUCUUUAUGCUAAGCUAACAUGAAAUGCUACCCAUAGGAACUGAACCUCUGGACAUACAGAGGUGAAAAUGGUAUCCAACAUCUUGUCUCAGCCUGAGUGAGUCGGAAAAAGGGUAUUUCGCUCAAAACGUUGGCAUAUUCCUUUAAAUCCGCCCCCAGAUUACCUACACCCAAGUGUUAAAGUGUUGCUUGAUUAUUUUGGCAGCACAUCUCAUUGCCAGCCAUCCUGCUACUACUACCCAUUCCCAAAAAAUAAAUCUACAUACCUUGAACAUAAUGUAUAUUUCUUCCUGAAAGCCAGCAUAGAAAGCUGGGCGAAUGAGGGCAAAUGUGGAACAAGAGGAAAAAAAAUCAGCCUUUACAUCAUGUAAUUUUAGUUGGCAUCAAACUUAAAUCUUUGUGUUCUUUGAUGUAGGUUCACGCACACCUAUAUGAUAACCAUUCUGUAUGCAUGUCCUGUGCACAUGCGUAGAGUGUAUAUUAUUGUUUUUGUCACUGAGGGUAGGUAGUUAUGUGUUUUAGUGCCAUUUUUCAUGGCAUGAUACUGCGUCAGGCACGCGUAAACUGGAAUAGUAUUCGUAGACCAGCUGGAGCCUUUCCUCCAAUUUUAUCAAUGUGAUGGAUUUAGUGAAUGUCGCCAUGUUAUGGAGAAGCAGCAGCUCAGUCAUUGGGUUUUAUCUCAUCCGGGUUGGUGUGCAUGUGCAGGAAAAGAGCCCCGUCUUGCAGCCAGUUCAAGUUCGACAGAAUCGAUGUUCUUGCCUAUAGUUGGCCACUGUUGGUCAUCUCAGGACCCGAAUUUGACUCAAGGCUUGUUUAACUUUCAUCCUGAUGACAGGCCAGUUUUAUGGCUCACACGUUAUUUUCCUAAAUGUUCUUUCUGACUUGUCAUAGGGCAAGGAGAAGGUAGCAUGAAUGACUGGAUCUGGUUUUUUGUUUGUUUGUUUUUUGCCUCCAAAACGUAGAUGUUUCAAAGUUUCUAUCAUCAUUAUGCAUAUCUUGCUGCCAAACUUUUUUUUUUUUCCUGUUAUUUGUUAGUAUUUUGAUGGAAAGGAAUCAUAAAUGUGUCAUGUUUAAUCUCAGUCUAAGUAUUGCAUGAACAAGGGGCUGGUCUCUGAAGAUGGCGAGAAUAGUUCAGCUGUUGUAUAUGUACUGUAUGUUAGAAAUGCUUCUGAACCCCAUUACAUUUUGUAUACUUUACACAACACGGAGUGUGUUAUGAUGGAGAUGAUGUAAAAUCUGUUUGGCAAUGUGAUUUGCGGAGGCGAUGGUGUGUCUGUUAUUGACUGCACCAGAGCUCGAGCAGAGUUCUUUUAUUUUUUUUUUAUUUUUUUGUUUUGUUUUGUUUUGUUUUGUUUUGUUUUGUUUUGUUUUGUUUUGUUUUGUUUUGUUUUGUUUUGUUUUGUUUUGUUUUUUGUUGUUGUUUUUAAAGGGACCCUACUCUUGAAGGCAACCUUUCUAUGGAGAAAAGAGCUAUCUGUGAUUGGCUUUCUUCAAUGUGUGAAAUAGUAGAACUUCUGUUUCCAAUAGAGACAUGAGUAUUUAUGAUUUUGUUUUUAUUAUCAGAUUUACAAAUACUUUAUCAUAUUUUUUUAUCGGUGUAAUACCUGUAUCUCUUUUCAGAGGAGCAUAUCUAAUUUAUUUGUGUGUUUGGUAUUAUCUAAAUUGCAUCCCAUAACCGUACUUGUGUUCAAAUUGAUCUAAAUGUACCAGCAAUGUGAUUUCUCCCUCCCCUGCCGCCUCCUCAAACUGUAACUGGCCAUGCAAUUUGAAUGGGACUGAAAAGUGCGAUGUUCACUCUGAAAAACAUUCAUUCCUGAGCGCAGUUUUUCCCUUUUGUGAUUCUGGACAGGUUUAGCUGUAUUAACACUCUACAUUAGCAUACAUAUCAUGUGUUUUUUUUCCAAGGCUGAAUAUUGAUUUCAUUGCAAACAUUGUCACAACGACCUUUUUCAACCUCUUGACCAAACGGAUAACAGUUAGGGCAAAACACCAAUGACAAAAAAAAAAAAAGUUUUUAUUGUCAGAAUAAAAAAAAAAAAAAAAUCCUCCAAAAUAGGACCAAUUACUUUGAUUCAUUUAUGUACAAGUAUACUGUAUAUACAUUUACAGUUUAGCUGUAAAUAAAUUUCACCUAAGUUCAGUUUUGUUUUGUUUUUUUUAAUUAUUAUUAGCUGUUUUUGUGUUGUUUUUGUAACACAAGUGAGGUGUUUCCCCUUGGAGUGUUCCCACUAUGUUCCUGCUGUACAGUGUAAUUGGAGAGCAACAAUAUCUAACAUGGUGAAUUGUGACUCAGCUGCUGAGUCUAUCCAAAAGAGGGAUCUUUCCCCACAAUGCAACACAAUCAAACUUUUUCUAGCAGCAGAGCGAGCUGCGUCAUUAGCAUCGUUCUUACUUUUAUUCCUUUUCGUUCCAACCCGUCAUUGUCGUCAAGAGAAGGGACUACCGGACGUUCAGAUGUUGCCUACAAAUGUCACAAAGGCAAAGUGCAACCCGAGUUCACGGAAGACCUCCAAAUGAUCGUUUAGAGCUGUGAGUCCUCUGUCUGAUUUCUUUUAGAAGUGUCGACCAUUGGUAGAUUCAUGUGCCUUGAGGAACUUUUCUAGUAGAGACCAGAUUUAUGUUUGUACCAUUGUUGCCUGUUUUGAUUUGACCGCCGGUCCCCCCAGCCAGCGCCGACUGUCCCUCAGUAACUAGAGAAACGUUGCAAGCCAUAUCAGACUGAGUGUGCUUGAGCCGCUCUGCAACAGUGACCAGAUAAAUGUAGUGUUGUGCAAUUUCUGUCUUGCAUCUAACUUGUUUGUACUGAAGUAUCCAUUGCAUUUAUGUCGUAUUACGUAGAUGCAGACGAUUUUUUUUUGUUUCCUGAAACUGCUAUGCAGCUAAUAUAAAUGUAGAUCUGUUACUUUUUGAAUAUAUAUUUUUCUAUAUAGCCUCUCCCGUUUUUCACUUUAAAGGAGAAACCAAAAUAGAUAUUCUAAUUCUAUCAAUUAUUUAUGUCGCUAGUUUUUCUGAUGCUUUGUGUGCCGCCUGAGAUUGAUUUUAUUCUUCUUUUUUUUUUUUUUUUUCAGUUAAGAAAAAUGCAGAUUUCACUGUAUCUAAACAACCAUCCCAGACAUGGGCUACUUUUUGUAACAUUUUUGUGAGACAAGGGUCACUAUUAUAGUUGUUUUGUCACAGACUUCUUAUCCUGUCUUGCUUGGGUUUUAUAUUGAGCCUUGCGUUCUACAUUGGUUAAACUGUUUACUAGCGUGGUGGUUCCUGAUCUUUGUGAUUUCUCUCAGGGCCUCUCUCUCUACGUCACCAGGACUCCAAAUGUUUCACACGUCACUUGUCAUCCAGGCCAAUAAACGUCAAUACAAGCCAGA